UUUAUAUAUAUAUUGUAACCGAAAGUUCUGUAUAUAACUCUAUAUUUUCUAUAAUUUUCUAUACAUUUUCACGUGACAAGUCGAGUCGUGCGCGAACACACAAGAUUAAUAUAGCUCUCCAUAGUACUAACGAAGUGACGAUAUAGUAAUAGUUAAUUGAAAUUACAAAUAGGAAAUGCAAGCAACAGAUGGUUUCAUUCCUAUUGUUGCCAUUUUCUACGCGGUAUUCCACCCUACUGAAGGAACAAAAAUUGUACACCAAGUUCCAGAAGGUACUAUAAGUUCAACUCAUAGAAAGGCACCUUUUAAGAAUGGAGAUUCAUUAAGUCAUUAUAACAAUUCCAGAGAUGAAAUACUUGAUAAGCAAGAUAACAACAAUUAUGAUGAUGAUUUGACUCCUGAUGGGUACGAUGAUGAUUAUGAUACUAGUUCGACUUCAUUAUUCAACUUUGAUACCGUUAAAAAUUAUGUUAUACCAAAACCUCAACUAUGCAAUAAAUUAAUCUCAUUUAAAAUUAAUAAAUUUAAAGUAGUUGGAUAUCCUGUCAAUAUUGAAAAUCCUAAAUAUUCCCGUAAUUCAUUUAAUUUCAAUUUUUGCUUUGUUUUCCCUUAUGAUUUAGGUGAUGUUACACCUUAUGAAUCAGCUAUACUUCGAAUGGGGAAGAUGUUCAAAGUAUUAGAAGAACAGAGUUUCAUAUUGAGUAAACUCGAUAAAAAUAACUCAUUCUUUAAAAUUAAUGAUGAAACAAAUCAACCUAAUAAAGUAGAAUUGUCUUCGUCGUUAUCCCUGAAUACAAUUAAUAUUGGAAUUGAUUUAACAUCUUAUCAUGCUAUGACAACGACAACUAGUGGUAAUAGUAUUCCUGCACCCAUUAUAGAUCAUUCAAGUUCAGUAAUUAAUACUCCAGGUCAUUCCCGUGCUAAAAAGAUAACAUUAUCAUCAAUUGAAUCAUUAAUUAAUCAAAUUUAUCAAGAUUUAAAUAAUUAUUCUGAGUGUUGUAUACCACUAGAUAGUUCAAACUCAGUUGAUAUCAAAUUAUUUCCUAUUCUCCCACCACCUGUAAAUAUAAAGGCAUACCAAGUUCCUAUUGCGACGGUUAAAUUGAAUUCAUUAGUUGAUGUCAAUUGGGAUCCAACAAUGAUUAAUAUUUUACCUUAUAUUAAUGGGAUAAAUUCAGUAAGAAGAAUAAGUGAGUUGGCCAAUGCUGAUUACAUGUUGACUAAACAAUGUAUCCAACAUCUAAUGCAUUAUGAAUGUAUUGAAAUGAUUGAUAUAUUCCAAUUUAGUAAUAUUUAUGCUCCCACUAAUCAUAUUGGAAAUUUUCUAAGAUUAGGUGGUAAGAUGGCAGAAGAUUGCCAAGCAUAUGUUGUAACUACUGACAUCGAUAUUGAUACUCCUGCAAGUACUACACCAGUUAAUAAUGAAUCACCUCAUAAUACUCUUACCCCCAAUUCUUCAUCUGUAUUUAGAAGACCUCCACCAAUAAUAGCAAGUACAGGUUCAGUUUCACCAUUUUCAAGACAGCUGCCUUUAUUAUCUCGAUCUCCUAAGAAUCCUAAUACUAUUGGAAUUAUACAUCAUAGAACUGGUAGUGCUGGUAAUAGUCAAAGUCAUAAUAGUAAUACAGGAAACAUCAGUGGGAAUGGUGUGACAAUUAAUAUUAAAGUUCCUUCAAAAGCUACAUUAUUUUACCUUUAUAGAUCCUUAAAUCAGGGUCAGACUGUAAAAGAAUGGUAUAUUCAGCACAAAAAGCUUCUUGUAAAUAUUGAUGUACGAAGAUUUAUAAAUUUUGGAGUGUUAAGAGGUAUAAUUUAUAGAGUUCAUUCAUAUCCUAUAUUAAACUCAUUUACUAGAUUUCUUGAGGCAGAUGAGUAUGAAAAGUAUUCAACAUUUACAGAUGUAAUUCUUAAGAAAAAGUAUCAUACAUCUCAUAGACAAAAGGGAAGAAGUAAUAGUUUUGGAGAAAGAAAUGGUAAAACAAAAUUGUCUAUUAAUAGUGACUCACGAUUAUUGAAAACAAGAGUCAAUGAGCAAACAUUAAAAACUAUGAAGACAGGAAGACGAGUCAGUUUUAAAACAGGAAGACGUCCUCACCCAUUGACCAAUGAUAUAAUUGUUGACAGUGAUGGAGAUGAAGGCAUAGGUGCUAAUUCUGAAGAUGACGGUACUAUUAGACGUAAUAGUAGACAUCGAAGGUCAAGUUCUUCACUAAAUAAGAAGAAAAAUAUACAUGGAAGAAAAGAUAUUAAUGAAAAUGCAGUUGAUUCUAGUGAAGAAGAUGAUCGUGAACAUACAGGUGCCGAUCUAGAAUCUGAACCUGAAGAAGGGCAAAACUCACAUCAACAUUUAGAUUCUGAAUCUGAUGUGGAUGUAGAUUCUGAUUUUGAAUCGCAGUCUCAUUCUGAAUCUGAAUCGCAUUCGGACUCUGAAGAAGAGUUAGAUUCUGAUGAAUUACAAGAGGAAAAGAAUAUGGCUAAUUUAAUUAAAAUGUUAAAGGGUUAUCAAAACUUUGAUUCCAUCAAUACAGAACUUCAACAAUCUCGUCAAGAUAUAAUAAAUCUUAUAGAUAGUUUAGGAUCUUAUAGUAUUAUUAAUAGUUAAUUAUGAAUGCAAAAUCCGGGUAACUGCGCAGACUCAUUUUAUGCGCGAUUCGAUUCUCAAGUCCCAUAAAAAAAGGACCACAGACAAUUCUUUU